AUGUGUUGGGUUGAAAAAAGGUUUGGUUUCUCCCUCCAUUCCCUUCACCCUCCAAUAUGGAUCACCACAACCACUCCAAAACGCUUCGCGUUUUCUGUAUCGGAACCCUCGACACCAAGCUCCGCGAGCUCCGAUUCCUCUCCGAUUCACUUCGCUCCAAUCUCCAUCGCUUCUCCUCCUCCAAGGAAUGACGUUGUCUCUUCCUACAACAUUGGAUCAAAUGAACCUUUGCUUCUCCCGAAAGACAGAGGCGAGGCGGUUGCCGUGAUGAGCCAAGCAUUGGAGCAGUUCUUGAAGAAGUCACAUCAGGAUCAGUGUCUUGUUGGUGUUAUUGGUAUUGGGGGGAGUGGGGGGACGUCACUGCUGUCGUCUCCCUUCACCUCUCUCCCGAUUGGGAUCCCCAAGGUCAUAGUCUCCACAGUGGCCAGCGGUCAAACUGAACCUUAUGUUGGAACCUCAGAUUUGGUUUUAUUUCCAUCUGUUGUGGACAUUGCAGGCAUCAACAGGGUUAGCAGGCUCGUCCUGUCCAAUGCCGCGGCUGCAUUUGCUGGGAUGCUUGUUGGAAGGAUUCAGAGCUUGAAGGAUUCUUCUAGCGUUGAAAACAAGCCUACAGUUGGGAUAACCAUGUUUGGAGUUACUACUCCUUGUGUUACUGCUGUCCAGGAUAGGUUGCAUGAAGAAGGUUAUGAGACCCUGGUUUUCCAUGCAACUGGGGUUGGUGGCAGGGCCAUGGAGAAUUUGGUUAGAGAGGGGUUUAUACAGGGUGUUUUUGACAUCACAACAACAGAGGUAGCAGACUACAUAGUUGGAGGUGUAAUGGCUUGUGACAGUUCUCGUUUUGAUGCCAUCAUAGAGAAUAAAGUCCCGUUAGUCUUGAGUGUGGGUGCAUUAGACAUGGUGAACUUUGGAGCUAAAGAUACUAUACCAUUGGAGUUUCAGAAGAGAAAUAUAUAUGAACACAAUAAACAGGUUUCACUCAUGCGAACAACAGUAGAUGAGAACAGAAAAUUUGCCGGUUUCAUAGCAAAUAAACUGAAGAAUUCGUCAUCAAAGAUUUGUGUUUGCCUUCCAGAAAAGGGUGUAUCUGCUUUAGAUGCACCUGGGAAGCCUUUCUAUGAUCCAGAAGCAACGGGUGCUCUUCUUCAUGAAUUACAAAACCUUAUUCCAACUAAUGAUGAUAGACAGGUAAAGCUGUAUCCUUAUCAUAUUAAUGACCUUGAAUUUGCAAAUGCAUUGGUGGAUACAUUUUUAGAGAUUAAUGAUAAAACUAGUAAAGAUUCUACUCGUGAACAAGUAGCCAAUCCUGAAUCUGUUGAACAAUUUCAUGAAGACUAUGUUUCAAACGUGUCAAGCUUUGGGACCAUUGUCUAUACACCUAGUGAAUUCCCAGAGGCUAGAACAGAAACUUUGGAGAAAACACAGCUCAUAUUACAGCAAUUGAAACAUCAGAUAGAUAAAGGAAUUCCUAUAAUAGGAGCUGGCGCAGGGACAGGUAUAUCUGCUAAGUUCGAAGAAGCUGGAGGGGUUGAUCUAAUAGUUUUGUAUAACUCUGGGCGUUUCCGAAUGGCUGGAAGAGGUUCAUUAGCUGGAUUAUUACCUUUUGCUGAUGCUAAUGCGGUUGUACUCGACAUGGCCAAUGAAGUGUUGCCAGUGGUAAAGAAGGUUCCAGUUCUUGCUGGUGUAUGUGCUACUGAUCCCUUCCGUAGAAUGGAUUACUUUCUUAAUCAGGUGGAGUCUACUGGAUUCUCUGGGGUACAAAAUUUUCCUACCGUGGGGUUAUUUGAUGGUAAUUUUAGACAAAAUCUUGAAGAAACAGGAUUGGGAUAUAGCUUGGAAGUUGAGAUGAUCCAGAAAGCUCAUAAAAAGGGUCUCUUGACAACACCGUAUGCAUUCAAUCAACAUGAAGCUAUUGAAAUGGCCAAAGUUGGCGCCGAUAUUAUAGUGGCUCACAUGGGUCUAACUACAACAGGCUCCAUAGGAGCAAAAACAGCUGUUUCACUUGAAGAAAGUGUAGUUCGUGUACAAGCUAUUGCAGAAGCAGCGCAUAGCAUCAAUCCCAGUGUCAUCGUGUUGUGCCAUGGAGGUCCAAUAUCUGGUCCAAAAGAAGCGGAAUUCGUAUUGAAGAGAACCAAAGGAGUCCAUGGGUUUUAUGGGGCUUCAAGUAUGGAAAGACUUCCGGUGGAGCAGGCUAUUACAAAAACAGUUAAAGAGUACAAGUCAAUUUCUAUUCAUUAA